AUGGACAACAUACUGGAGAGUUAUCAAUUCUUAGUCACUCAGCUUGACAUUGAGCCUACAUCACCAAAUCCACCUUUGACCGUGGAAAACAGUAGCCUGGAAGAGAGCUUUGCAGAUAAAAGCAACCUUUCGACGGGUCAACCUAAUAACGACUCUCCAUUAUCAGCUUCAAAUUCAGCCCAUAAGCCUCUUCGGUCUUCUUUAUCUGAAUUAGAAAUCCCUAUUCGCAAAAUUCAACGACAGCUUGUCCAAUCUCGCCCCAAGUCCCAACGCAUCAACACAGAGCAUCCAGACUUACAUACACAUGUUAGCUUCACACAUAAUUCAAGUCUGUCGCCUCAAGAACCUAGUUCUUUUCCGUUGGAGUAUCCUCCGUAUCCAACGAAUGACGUCAAUUUCGAUGAAUGGACUGACUAUGCUGCCUAUUGUGGCACGGCGCCAGAACCGGAGCUUCUCAAUCUUCUGUCGAAUGAAGAUAAUGCAAGCUUUCACAAAAAGUACUUCACACCUCGAUCCGUAGAUGAUGUUGACAGCGAAAAUUCAUCCUCUUGUGCCAACAAAGUAACGAUGCGGCCUAGAACACACGACUUUGAGAUAACAACUGCUCGACCCACAAAGUCAACUUCCCUGAUCAAGGAGUCGUGA